AGAGAGGAACUCACUAGAAAAAUAUAGGUCAACCUCAUUAUACAAAAAAAGCAGGAUUUAUUGCAGUUUAAAUUAAAUUUAAAAAACGCAUAAGAAUAAAUAUAUAUUUAUAUAUCCUUUUUUAAAAAACAAAAUAAGGUCUUUAAAAAAAUUAAUGAGAGAAAAAAAUGUAAACAUAAAACAGAUCUAGUGAGGACAACGCCUGCUGGGCUGGCUGAGGAAGGCUUUGGGGGUUUCACUGCUGCUGCAAUAUCUUGCUCCCUGUGUGGAGUCGGAACUCGGGGGUGUGAAUGAGCUGAGACUCACGGCUGGUUGGAGAGCUGGUGACAAACAGUCCGGAUUUGUCCCUCAAAACGCCCAGCCAUAACCGGACGGACACUCACUCAAACAAGCUCAAAUUCCUCAGCAGCGUUUAUCCUCGAAAGUAACGGGAGCCCCUACCGUUUCGAGAGAGAUCGGGAAGUGGCCAAAAACAAUGGACACAGAGAGCGCGGUUCAUCGCUGAGUGUUCGCGGAACGGGACUGAUGUUUUGCGAAGACUCGCUGCUGCACGGAGCGGGCCGUGGAGCCACAAAGCGAGGAGAAUGACAGCAGAAGUCAAAGAGACGGUGCGCCACAAAGGAGGGCAAAGCAGGACGCGUGUGUGCAGAGAAGCAGUGCCCUAGAUCUGUAUAACAUCUGAGUUGCUCUGUCAUUCAGGCUCCUUUCAUGCUGUUUACGGGCAGCAGUGUCCUCAACCCGCACCUGGAAAAACAAAGAGAAUGCGUUCAGUGGCAGCACAUCCCCAUGCGUAAAUGGAGACGCAUCUGUGCGUAUUCGCCGUACUUUUUCAUUAUGCGUACAAUAAAUUAUGUUUGUUUUGUCACUAACUCAUGACCUGUCCCAUGACCACACGGGUAUAGAUGCAUAAUAGACUUCCUCAUACUUCAUAUCUGCCAUGAGUGAUGGCGAUGUCUGCAGAAUCUGACAGUACCGGUGCGCAGAGCAGCACUCAUGAAAAAAGCUUCAGCGCACCGGAUCGCAAUGGUUAUGUGAAAACAUGUGUCAUUCCACUGUGCCGUGACCGAGACUACGAGUCGUGGGUGAGGCUAAUGUUCACAAAAAUAUGGAGUUCCCAGAGACUCCGGAGUGCGGUGUGUGUGGGGUCGCUUUCAGUUUUUCUCGCUCUGUUGGUCAAAUGUGCAGACUGGAAAGCUGAAGCCAGCGGCGGCAGCAGCAGCAGCGCUGACAACAGACUCUUGCAUUCAUCGUCUCCCCUUCAGUUCGUUACAGGCUGCGCGGUGGAGCUGUUGCAAACUUGCUGGAGUGUGGUUUCGCCAUUGUUCACCCUCGUAUGUGCCUUCUUUUGGGUCGGUGUGUACUUAAUCCGCUGUGGGGUUCUAAUCCAGACCGCCCUGUCCCUCCUAACCGUGUGCCACCUGGGCGAAGCGGCGGCGUGGUCUCUCCUGGACGGGACAGAUGAGCAGCUGUUUUCAUUCACGACAGCGACCGUGGUCGUGCUCGUCUGCGUGGCCACCGGCGCACUCAUGGUAGCGCGGCUGAAUCAGGGCAUAUCUGUGAUCGUUUUCAUCAGCAUUAUCAGGACUAUUUCACUCUUCUCACUCCACAAAGUAAGGGCCACUUGGAGACCGUACGUAGCGUACCUGGUUGGAGUGCUGGGCAUCCUGCUGGCGAGGUAUGCUGACAAGCUCCUUCCCAACCAAGGGAGACACAAGGAGGGCUGCACCCCCGUGACUGGAGCCAGGGAAGAGAUCCCUGUAUUUAAAAGGCGCAGGAGGUCCAGUUCUGUGAUAGCGUCAGACAUGGCACACAGUCAGUCCAACAGUAAGUCACAUCGCCGGACCUCUCUGCCAUGCAUCCAGAGGGACCAGAUGCUCCCCCGCUCAGAUUGGGACCACAAGAGAGGCUCCCGAGGAUCACAGUCAUCAGGCACCACUGUCAUGGUGGACAUAGCAGUGAUGGGAGAAGCUCACGGACUAAUCACAGACCUGCUGGCUGACCCCUCUUUGCCCCCCAACACCUGCACCUCACUGCGGGCUGUCAGCAACCUGCUAACCACCCAGCUCACCUUCCAGCCACUGCACCGGCCACGCCCUGCUCCCCUGCUUAACCCCAGUGAUGCCUACACCUGCUCUGACUCAGAGGAGGGACCUGAGAAAGGAGAGAAGACAUCCAUCCACAAGCGUCUGAGGCGGAGUCUCCACCCUGGUCUUCUGAGGAGGAUCUCCUCCACAUGGACCACCACCACCUCUGCCACAGGCCUGCCCACCAUAGAGCCUGGGCCUGUACGAAGGGACCGUAGCGCCAGCAUCAAACCCUACCAUGAAACACUCACCUGCAGCUGUGGGAGACCAUACAUCAGACUGAGCCAUGGGGAGGGCUCAAUAGACAAGGGAGACAGGAUACCACGGUCAGCAGAGGACCAAGUGGUCGUGUCAUCAGACUACGACAGCACCCACGAAGCCAACCACAGUGACAGCAGUGAUGUAGCACAUACAGAGGAGGACACAGAGGAAGGAAAAAACGCCUCCCAGAAUGUCAUCCUCCACCCACUAAUACCUCCUGAGGACAAACCAAUUCUGGCUCCAGAGCCGUUAAUAAUGGAGGACUUAGAGCCUCUGAUGAGUCAACUAAACAAUUGGAACUUCCCCAUCUUCAGCUUGAUGGAGAAGACCAAUGGGAAAUGUGGACGGAUCCUCAGUCAGGUCUCCUACAGGCUCUUUGAAGACACUGGCCUGUUUGAGACCUUUAAGAUCCCUGUAAAAGAAUUCAUGAACUACUUCCAUGCCCUUGAGAAUGGUUACAGAGACAUACCAUAUCACAACAGGGUCCAUGCCACAGAUGUGCUUCAUGCAGUCUGGUACCUCACCACGCAGGCUGUGCCUGGUCUACCCAGUCUCAUUACUGAUCAUGGUUCUGCCAGUGACUCAGACUCCGACAGCGGAAUAACACACAGUCAUAUGGGCUUCCUGGUUUCAAAGACCUACACUGUGUCAGAAGAUGGUUACGGCUGCCUGUCAGGCCUCAUACCUGCUCUGGAGCUCAUGGCCCUUUAUGUGGCCGCCGCAAUGCAUGACUACGACCACCCCGGUCGGACCAACGCUUUCCUUGUGGCCACCAGUGCCCCACAGGCAGUGCUCUACAAUGAUCGAUCCGUUCUAGAAAACCACCAUGCUGCCUCAGCUUGGAACCUCUUCUUGUCACGGCCAGAGUACAACUUCCUCGUCAACCUGGACCAUGUGGAGUUCAAGCGUUUCCGUUUCCUGGUCAUUGAGGCCAUACUGGCCACUGAUCUGAAGAAGCACUUUGACUUCCUAGCGGAGUUCAAUGCCAAGGUGGGUGAUGAUCCGUCUACAGGUAUCGACUGGUCCAACGAGAAUGACAGGCUGCUGGUCUGCCAGAUGUGCAUUAAGCUGGCUGACAUCAAUGGGCCUCUGAAGUGCAAGGACCUGCAUCUGCAGUGGACAGAGGGCAUUGUCAACGAGUUCUAUGAACAGGGCGAUGAGGAGUCCAGCCUGGGUCUUCCUAUCAGUCCCUUCAUGGACCGAGCGGCACCACAGCUGGCCAAACUCCAGGAGUCAUUCAUCACACAUAUCGUGGGACCGCUUUGCAACUCCUACGACUCAGCCUGCCUCAUGCCUGGACGAUGGGUGGAGCCCAACCCAGAGGCAGAGGAGCCAGAGAUCACAGAGAAUGAGGAGGAGGAGGAGGAGGAUACUGCAGAAGAGGACACGUCCACCAGCUCAGAAGCAUCACAGAAAGGAGCUCCUAAGAAGAGGAGGAAAGUUUUCUGUCAGAUCACCCAGCACCUGCUGGAGAACCACGAGAUGUGGAAGAAGGUGAUCGCAGACGAGGCCCAGAAACAGGGCCAAGGAGCAGAGUCUGUCCAUUUAAACAAUGUAGCUGAGCCUAUUCUGGCUAUCCACGAGGAAGAGGAGGAGCCAGGCAGCAGAGAGGAGCUGGUAGAAGGAGAGGAUCCAGAGGAAGGAGUGGAGGAACCAGAGUGGCCUGUGUCUCCACAGGAAGACUCUAAACCUCCAGAGGAACUAGAGGAGGGGGACCCACAGUGAAACAGCCCAUGGGAAAUAUGGCGUCAGUCAGGGCAAGGACAUGAAAAAGUAUUUCUUUGUUUCUUAUCCUAUCAACUGACUCCUGUUUUUGCCAGCACAUCACUUAGACACAACACUGUAGAUGUUUGGGAAAUGUGUGCCUAUACAGAAAAAAACAGGGUGGGAAAAUUUGUGCUUUACACAUUUUAUCUGAAUAUCUGGUUUCACCAAACAUUUAAAGGAGCUUUCCAUAUUGCAAUACGGGAUUAUUCGUGUACUUUGGGAUACAGACUCUUUUGCUACUGUCAAGAGAAGAGGAAGACUGGUUGCACAGACCUCAACCCAUUGUGGUAACACAGGACUGCAGAAAUUUGCUGCCAAUUUAUACAUAAUUAUUUUCAGAAUGCAAUUAUAUAUAAACAUCACAGUUACUUGUACUUGUGUUUCAAUUUUAGCAAGAGUUUUUGAGGUCUCAUAUGGGCCAUAAUUUUUUUUUCUAUAUAUGGAUUAUAAAGGGAGCAAAUGAGGAACAUUGGCAUAUCUUUCUUCCUUUCAACCUCUGCCAAAAUAAAUGCAUCACUCACCCAUGGGCUUUAGCAUAAAAACACAUAUAUUUAUACAUUUUGUGUUUUCCAUUUGUUGCCAAAUUAAGUACGUUAUACCAUUCAUUGUAACCAUUUUAGUUUAAGGAGGAAGACUUGAGGCUCUUCACACUAUGUAUGUGUGUGCGUGGGUGUGUGGGUCUGUGUUUAAACUAAUGCGCUCAUAUGCACAAUUCUUCUGCAUAGAUAAAGUCAGCAGAUUACCUCCUAAUUGUGCCAUCUCUUCUACAACCCCAAGGUAAAUAUAGCAGUCACUGAAGGCUUCAGUGUCCCGUAUGUUGUAGUCUAAACGUCUGCAUUGACAAAACAACAGUGGGUUGUUGGAAAUGAAUCUGUGCUGAAAAACGACAGGUAAAGGGAGAACACAGGGUGUACAGUAACACUACUAGAGUGUUAGGAAAUACAGUAAAAGGGAGAAAUACGGAAGCAGGUAAAAUAAUAAAAAAAAUAUAUUAUAUAGAUCCAACUUAAUCUAUUAAAUAUAAAUCCCCUAAAUAGAUUACACAUUUAAUCUAUUUUCUUGCUUUCUUGUGUUGAACAUAACCAUAGGUGGACUAACCAAUACAGUUUCCUUUUGUCUUUUCUAUACAUUUUUGACUCUCAGACUAUGUAUUUGGGGUCCAUGUGCUGUAUUAUACUCUGUACUUACUGGUUCUUAUCAUGUAAACACCUGAAAUGAUGCUUGAUGACCUUCAACCCUCAGGAAACCCUCAACUGUUGAAAUUCAAUGUAGACAUCUGUAUCACCUAUGACGACAGUAAGUUAAAAACAUGCAGGAAAUGUGCAGUAGCUAUAGAAUAUGUUCAUGAAAUGCUAAAGAACAAAGCUGAACUUUAUGUCACCACCCCCCACCCCCAUCCCCCACCCUUUUCCGCUUUGACUGUUAUAACAUCUUUGUAGAUAAAUUCAGUUAAUCUGUCUGUAAUUCCUCAGGGAGAUAUUCAUUCUCUCAGAGUUAUGAGCAGACAGGACUUCAGAGCACACUGCAUGGUGAUGAUAUACGAGGGAAAUUAUUCUGGUGAAAUGUUUUUUCAUGUAAGGAAAAUGUAGUUUGAAAGGUUGAUAAAAGGGUAGACUGUGCUGUAGUAUCAACAUCAGCCCGUUGUAUGUCAGGUGAAUCAGGUAAAUCAGGUCUCUGAAGUUAACUCCUAUAGCUGUUUGAUGCUGGUAGAAAAGAUUGUUCUAUCUUUAGUGAAACAGAUAUACAGUGGAUAUCCAUGGAAAAGUUAUCAAUAGUUGGCCAAUAUAACAGUGAUGGUGGGGUCUUUUAUCAGUUUUACACUUUGAAAUGUAAAAGUUGUUAUUUGGGAUCACCCACAGCACAAUGUUUUGUUGCUCAUGCUCAGUCCAUAUGAAUUUUGCCCCGCAAUAGCUCUGAAGUUGUGUGUACCAUCACUUUUUAUGGUGGAAAGUAACUGCAUUAGUAACACAAUGUGAUUAUAUUCAGACAUUGUCACAUUGUUUAUCUAUAAUGCACACUGAGUCAUUGUUUUCUUAUUGCUGCAUAAUCACUCAAUCAGAAAAUUGAAGGUUCGUUUUAGUCACCUCAGACAUUUAACUGUUGAAAUCAAUUAUACUAAAGCAUAGAGAGACUGCUUUCUAAGAAUUUCCAAAGAAUUUAUAAAAUGUGAUCUCCUCAUGUGAUGAGAGUAAAUGUGACUUGAUCUGCACAACACGAUAAUUGUGUGAAGGCCAGAACAUGAUGCAUGACAUCUGUAAAAUGUUCCAGUCACAUGAUAGCCCCUACUCUCAUCUGAGACAGAGGUAAACCAGUUCCAUAUCCAGCUGCACAGAGGCAGUCAAGUAGGAUGCAGAAUGUCUCAGAUGAAUAUCCCACUUUCCUUUAAUAAUUCACAUUUACAUAGAAAAAGUGUAUGAGAGACCAGUAGAUCAUGAGUUUAAUUAAAGUUGGCGAGUCAAGUUACUGUCACAUACAAGUGCAGUGAGGCAAUAUGUAAUGAAUUAUCCACUGGUAAUCUUGUUCUCAUGACCUACAUUCAUAUCUGAAUCCCUUAUGGGUUGGUAUCUCAUAUUGUGCCACUGUUUUCUUCCAUAAUCUUAUUUUUUCAAACUGAUCUUUAAAAAAAAGCAGAACAACACAUGACAACCCAUAGAUAGCAUAUGACAGAGUCUGCCUGUGAUUGAAGUUACGUUGUUGGAUACAGGUGUAGUCUUUGUAUCCUUGCAGAUCCUGCAUUUACAUACCCUGUAACCACACAAUGUUCCCUGUCUGUGGUGAAUAGCACACUACAUCCAUAAUGACCUGUUUACUGCUGCCCUCACUCUGCUACAGUCUGUGUUAGAGGGGGAGGUAAUUGGUUGACCCUGUUUACAAAGGCAUUAGACAGAGAAUAAUUUACCCCAAACCCUAUAUCAAGACCAGAAUUGUCAGAAGCCACUGAAUCAGAACAACCUUUUUUUUGGCCUCUAAUGAUCAUGUGUUGCCUCACCCAUUGUAUCCUAUAUACAACAUGCCUGCUGUUUUCCAUAUGUUGUCUGCACUUCCCUAAUGAGCUAUAAUCAUCAUUAUGAACACAAUGGAUCCAUUUUCCUCAGCUUUUGAAAAACCUUAUAAGAUAUCAUCAACUGGAUUUAACACCUCUCUUCUAUAGUGGCCCAGAAUUAGAAAAAAAACAAAAACUUUUCUUUGUAUAAUUCAUUGGGAUAAUGUAAUGUCCACUUCUAGUUUCCAUCUCAGCUACUCAGCUUUGUGAAUGUAUAUGUACAGUGUGUGUGAUAGAGAGAGAGAAAGAGAGUGUGUGUCUGUGUCUAUUUGAAUUCUUCCAUUGGCCUCUCUAAUGUGACUGUCCUUCAUUUGACUAAUUGUACUGUUGAGAAGAGGGAGAUGCUGCUUCAGUUCACAAUUAGAGAUGGUGAUGCAGUUAGUAGUUUAUCAAUUCUUAUCAGAUACUAUGCCCUGAAAUGAAAUUGUUAUUCACAGAAGGCCCUAUAGCACAUUUCUCCUUGCGCUUCCUCUUUGAUCUACGUACUGCUCAGCCUGCAGAUCUGAGAUCCUCACAGGCAACAGUAGUAGAGCAUUCAUCACAAAACAUCUCUCAUAAUUCAAAGGUGAUGGCAUCCUGUCCACUGUAUUAAUUUGUUGAUGAUCACUUUUUUUUUUUUUUUUUUUUUUGGAUGAUGCAUGCAUUUUGCCCCCAGUCACAUCAGUCUCAAUUCAAUACUUGCAUUUGAGCUGAUGCAAUAUAUACGUUUUGAUAGUGUAUUUUUAUGUCUUAAUUGGUUUAUUUGAUUGUCAUACUUAUUCACACGUGUAGCAUAAUUGUAACCAUGGGAACCAAACAAGCUUUACAAUUAUGUAAACAAAAAUGAGAUGAGUAUUUUUAUAUAGUUGACACAUGAUUAAAUAAUUAAUUGCUUUCUUCUCACUAGUUCCUUGCACUUACCACAUGUACUAAUACUUACACAAGGAAGAAUAUGUCCAAAUACACAGUAUUUGUGAAAGUAAAAUAAUUAAUUUCCUUGCAGGUUGAUGCUCCAUUUUGUACAAUACACAUAUAUGCUGUACAGUAAAGAAAUUUUAAAACUACAAAAACUCUUUUAGAUAUACAUUAUUUAUUUUUACCAUUUUGUAAUUUAGACACUAUACUGUAGCUGCAAUAUUGCCAGACUUACUGGAAGUGCCUAUAUUGGUAUUAUGUAUCAUACAGUGAAUAUAUUUGAAGAUCAUUAGAAGUUGUCACAAACUGAACCAUGUGGAUGUUGUAAUGUGAAUACAUUGAAUUACAAGACUAUAAUUUCUGUGGUA